GAUAGUCGGGGGGGGGGUGAGGGGAACGGAUAGUAGCUCGCGAGAGGCAGCCGUAGGUCAUGUGACCGGAAGGGCUCCUGACGGACGCCGUCCCUCCUCGGCGCGGCCUGAGCGCCCGGCCCUGCCCCAGCAAUGGGGUGCUGCUACAGCAGCGAAAAUGAAGACUCAGACCAGGAUCGAGAGGAACGGAAGCUGCUGCUAGACCCUAGUAGCCCUCCCACCAAAGCCCUCAAUGGAGCUGAGCCCAACUAUCACAGCCUGCCUUCGGCUCGCACAGAUGAGCAGGCUCUGCUCUCCUCCAUCCUUGCCAAGACAGCCAGCAACAUCAUCGAUGUGUCUGCUGCAGACUCCCAGGGCAUGGAGCAGCAUGAGUAUAUGGACCGGGCAAGGCAGUACAGUACCCGCUUGGCUGUGCUGAGCAGCAGCCUGACCCAUUGGAAGAAGUUGCCACCGCUACCAUCUCUCACCAGCCAGCCCCACCAAGUGCUGGCCAGCGAGCCCAUCCCCUUCUCUGACUUGCAGCAGGUCUCCAGGAUAGCUGCUUAUGCCUACAGUGCACUUUCUCAGAUCCAUGUGGAUGCAAAAGAGGAGCUGGUUGUACAGUUUGGGAUCCCAUGAAGAGAGGGCUCCUUGAACAGCUCUUCUCCUCUCUUCAGUCCGUCUCCACCGCGCCUCCCCUGGCCCCCAGCCUCACUGCGGCUUAAACAGUACCCUAACCUGCUACUAAUCAUGGAGAAGAAUGUGGAGGAGAGCAGGGCUAGAAGCCCAAGCAAGUGAGGACUGAACAAGGGGGGGUAGAACUUUUGGGACUGGCCUUCGAAGCCCUGGUGGGGUGGGGGCCAGGAGGACAGGGCCUGGUAGGUGUCCAGUCAUUGGGAAGGUAGAGAUACCACUGUGGGGGUGAACAACAGGGGACCCAGGGAUCCCCUUCCCACUGUCUCUCUUGGCCUCAGAUUCACUUCGGUCCCCUCUCCCUCACUUGGUGCUCACGGGCACCUCACUAGGGUUUGUGACCAGGGUCUGGAUGAGCUUGAAUUUGAAUGAAUUGAGUUUGUAUUUCUAGCACCCUGGGUUUUUACAUGUUUGGUCUUUUUUCUUUUUGUUUUUGUUUGUCACUCUCGAUAAAGGAAGUGUAUUCAUUUG